AUGUCUUUCCAACCAACCCAAAUUUUUGAGGAGGGCACUACGGAGGAGAAGGGUGAGAAUGCUCGUCUCUCCGCCUUUGUCGGUGCCAUCGCCGUCGGUGAUCUCGUAAAGAGCACCCUUGGUCCUAAGGGUAUGGACAAGAUUCUCCAGUCAGCCUCCACCGCCGAAAUCAUGGUUACCAACGACGGUGCCACAAUCCUCAAGUCGAUCGCCCUCGACAACGCUGCCGCAAAGGUUCUGGUCAACAUUUCGAAGGUCCAAGAUGACGAAGUCGGUGACGGUACUACCUCCGUUGCUGUUCUCGCUGCCGAGCUGUUGAGAGAGGCGGAGAAGCUGGUCGACAAGAAGAUCCACCCCCAGACUAUCAUCGAGGGCUACCGGAUAGCCAGCCAGGCUGCGCUGAAGGCAUUGGAAGGAUCAGCCGUUGAUCACAGCAAGAACCCCGAGGCCUUCCGACAAGAUCUACUUGCCAUUGCCCGAACAACACUCAGCUCCAAAGUCCUGGCCCAGGACCGCAAACAGUUCGCCGAAUUGGCCGUUGAUGCGGUCCUCCGACUCAAGUCGUCCGACCUCAACCACAUCCAGAUCAUCAAGAAGGCCGGAGGCAAACUCAGUGACUCCUACCUCGACGAAGGUUUCAUUCUUGAUAAGAAGAUCGGUGUCAACCAGCCCAAGCGACUAGAGAAGGCCAAGAUUCUGGUAGCCAACACCUCCAUGGACACCGACAAGGUCAAGAUCUUUGGUGCUCGUGUUAAGGUUGGCUCAACAAGCAAGCUUGCUGAGCUUGAGAAGGCCGAGAAGGAGAAGAUGAAGGCCAAGGUUGAGAAGAUCAAGGCACACGGCAUCAACUGCUUCAUCAACCGACAGCUUAUCUACAACUGGCCCGAGCAGCUGUUUACUGAUGCUGGCAUUAUGUCAAUUGAGCAUGCUGACUUUGACGGUAUUGAGCGUCUUGCCCUUGUCACAGGCGGUGAGAUUGCCUCGACCUUUGACCAUCCCGAUCAAGUCAAGCUUGGUCACUGCGACGUUAUUGAGGAGGUCAUUAUUGGAGAAGAUACUCUCAUCAAGUUCUCCGGUGUGGCUGGUGGUGAAGCUUGCACAAUUGUCCUCCGAGGUGCCACAGAACAGCUCCUCGAUGAGGCCGAGCGAAGUCUGCACGAUGCCCUUGCUGUUCUGUCACAGACUGUCAAGGAACCCCGAACCACCCUUGGUGGUGGUUGUGCUGAGAUGCUUAUGGCCAAGGCGGUUGAGGGCGCUGCUACCCGAGUUGAGGGUAAGCGACAGCUGGCUGUCUCUAGCUUUGCCGUUGCUCUCCGACAACUUCCUACUAUCCUUGCCGACAACGCUGGUCUCGACUCUGGUGACCUUGUCGCCCGAUUACGCAAGGCUCUCUACGAUGGUCUUACCACUUAUGGCCUGGAUCUGACGACCCCUGGUGGUGGUAUUACUGAUAUGCGAGAUCUCGGUGUUAUCGAGAGUUACAAGUUGAAGAAGGCUGUGGUGUCUUCGGCCAGCGAAGCCGCAGAGCUUCUUCUUCGUGUGGACGAUAUCAUCCGGGCAGCUCCUCGCCGACGAGAGCGUAUGUGUCUUCGCUCUCUGAGUGAUAUCGCCAAACCAAUGGAGCAAUCGAAGAUUGUCGACUUCUUUUCGUCUUCACCGUCCUCUCAACAACUCAAACAGCGCACCAAAAAGCGCAACAAAUCAUCACCAGCCAAAGGCGUGAAAGGUGGCAGCCAGUCCAGUUCCCCCAACUCAAGUCGCGCAGGGUCACAACAAACAAUGGCCAAGCCAAGCCAGAAGCCCAAGAGGCAGAGAUCGCAGGCAUCAGCCUCACUGUCCCGCGCAGCAUCUUUGCAUCCCUCUAUUCCCUCUACCCCAAUCUCCAAAAACAUGUCAUCCCCCCAAAUCAUGAAGAAGCGACGUCUCCAGGGACGCAAUGAACGUGUUCCCGAGACUCCCCCCCAAAAACGAGCCCCGACGAGUAGUCAAAGCCAACAAACUCCAAAACGAACAAGUCAACUAGUUCAAGCAAACUCACCGAAUACACCAUUUGAUAUUUCAUCUGGAGAGAGCUCUGAUUCAGACUGUGUGAUCGAAAAGGUUCAGCCGUCACCAAAGCGCAAACUUGUCGCGCCUAGCCCACGAGCUCGACCUACCAAGAAGCUCAAGACUGAUCAGCAAGAGACUAUCAACCGAGGCUUUGCCUCUAUCAAAGCAUCUGUUCUUGCAAAAGGCACAACAUUGGCAAGACAGAACAAGAGACCAGCUACUAGAGGGCCACAAGGUGCUUCUGUGCCUCCUCAAGCACCCUUACCCAACCUCACCUCGAGCGUUGCAGGCCCAAGUCGAAGCACAUCUGUCCCUCCUGCUCAUAUCUCUCCCAAACCCAGUCAAAAUGAGAAUGUAACCCAAAUUGAGAAUGAGUCGGACCACGACAAUGAGAAGGUUGAGCUUACUCCGAAAAAGCGCCAGCUUGAACAACAGAAAGCAAACGUUAAGCGACGACGAGUUGGCGACUCAAUCGAGACCCCUGUGUCGAUCGAUGCAGACGAUGAAGAUCAACCCGACUCGGACAUUGAGGUCGUCAGGGUCCUAGUGUCCCCAAGGCGCAAGGCUGCCAAAGGUCGCGCUACAGCUGACAAAGAUAUCAAGGCGGAGAACUCUGCUAAGCAGCCAAAGGUUGCCGCUCAGCGCAAGACCCAGUCUCCCUCUGUGACAAAGCGUCCUACACCUACUAAGCCAGCUGUUGCACGCGACACCACACCAAUCAACACUUUGCACAUCGAUCUUACCCAGGAGCCCUCCGAUAGUUCUGAUUUCUCAGAUGAAGAGACUACGAUCCCCGCCAAGCCAGCUCUCCCAACACCAGUUGAGCAUACCCUCGACGUUCAGAAGCCAGCCACUACGACUGAACACACCACCACCAGUAACACCGACAACCCUGUGGUUGCCCCUCAGGAGACCGUCCCUGUCCAUGAACAGAGGGAGCCCUCGCCACACGUCACGGAUCCUUUGUGGGAUUGGGUUGGUCGCCAGAUGACGAAGAAAUAUACCUCACUCUCCAGCAGUAAUUGCCCAUCUCCCGACCAUGACGUGCCCUUCACCGCGCCUGAAUACCAACACGAUGAUACCGCAGCGAAGAAGAUCAAGAUGGAAGCUCACGAUAGUGACAUGAUAUCCAUCAAGAAAGAGAGCAUUGAGCAAUACAACUCCAGCGAUGACGAAGGUAGCAGUGAUGAAGAGUCUCACGAUGGAGACAUCCGUGCUAUAAAGCAAGAGAGCAGCUCAAUGUAUGGUCAAUCCUCAGACGACGAAGAAGACUUCGACGAAGAGGACAUCAAGAACAUCAAAAAGGAGAGCUACUCAAGUCCCAUGAAGAUUUCUGCUCUCAAGCAGUACGAGUCGCAUCCCGCCAAAGACGGCGAAAAGGAAUACGACGACGAUGAGGAGGAAUCCCAAGGCCUCCCUGACCUAAGUGACGAUGAGGUGUCUCAUGACGCCAACACCAACGAGGUGGAAGAGAAUGAAAACGUUGGAUCAUCGCCACCUGUGUCAUAUCAGCUACCACAGGAAGACGUCUCCCCGAAAGCUGUCUCUACAACACUUGAGGAGAAGGCCACAUUUGAUUCGGCUGAUAAGGAUUUGAGCAACUCGUUUGGCAGUUCGAAGAAAAAUCUCUCCACUCCGAUCAAAACUGAGAAGGGUCUUUCACCAUCGAUCUAUGAGCUUCAGCCAGUUUAUAGUGGUGAGAAGCUUAUGCAGAGCCACACUCCAGGUACACCAUCGCCGUUCCGACCUCACCAUCGGGAUUCGCUUCUCGGUUUGAGGGGUAUCCUUAAGGGCUCGGGUGGACGAGGUCGUGCGAGUGACAACGAGAGUGUGUACACUCCCUUCCCGGAUAUUUCUCCCCUUUCUGGAGACGAGUACGCCACUUCAUCACCUACAGAACGAAUACAGCAAAGCAAAGAGCAAGCCAAAGCUAUCAGGCCUUCUGAGCGCAGACGGGCUAUUGUGCCCAAGGCAAUGACAUUGCCGAAACUCCUGCCCAAGAACUGGACGCCUCCACUUCCAAAAGGAGCUCGAUGGCUUCAACAAAAAAAAGAUUUCACGCCUUUACCAUCUAUCCCCGAUGAUACUGCUGCGAACGACGCAGCCUCAAGACAAGAAACACCCACAAAGGUUGUCGCAAGGCGACCUCCCCGCAUUAACUACACGACAGGCUUAGCAGAGUCUGAAGAUGAAGUUGAGAAGAAGCUCCAGGAGCAACAAUUAGAGCCAGGAACAGACAAGCACUGGAUCAAGCCUUCCGAGAAGGAAAUCAAGCCCCCGAUCAUCCGCGAUGGCGUUUCAGAACACGCCAUCAAGCCCACAGUUGCUUUGUUCAAGAAGAAAAUAGCCGCUAGGCAAGGCUUCAAUCAUGAUACAAGCGACAAGUCCAAUCAAAAGUACAACUGGGAAAUCGACUGGACCACGCCGGCGUCCUUGAGUGAGCGCGAGUCACAAGCCGUAGCAGCGGAACUAGAACAUAGGGGAAUCAAGACCAGCAAGCAAUACAGCAACUUUUGGUACAACCUUACAAUGAAGUUUUCAAGACUUGCAGGCUCGCCUAUUCCGCUUUUUACAGCAAAGAAAAAGGCACUCGACACAUUUGUUGAGGAGGCCAUGCAGAACCAGGAAAUCAGACGGCGGAACAAAAACAAGGUCACCGUCGCGGAAAAGAAAGCGAAGCGCCGAGAGAUGAAGAAGCAGAAGAAGCAGAAAACACAGCCCAAAGAUGUGGAUGCAUUUCUCAUUCCCGGAGAUACAGACGCUGAGAGUGAAUCCGAAGAUUCCGAUUCCGAUCUCAACGGAGCCAAUCUGAUCGCCAAAAUGCGGGCGGAUGCUGAGGAACGGCAGAGGACAUACGGAGGCGGAACAAGCUGUGGACGUCGAAGCAAGUAA